AUGAGUGGCUCCGGAAAAGGUCUUCUUGGGGUGUGGCUAUACAGAAGAGGCGAACACUGGGCGAUUAAAGAAGGAAGUCCAAUACACAAAUCGAGCGAUAUCCCCAUGGUCGAACGCAAACCAAACAACGAUAAUAAAAAUUCCGUAGUUUUCUCGUUAAAAAAUCAAGUCGGCGGCUUAGCACGAGCAUUGCAAGUUUUCCAGGAUCUAGGUGUGAAUGUCAUCCAUAUCGAAUCGCGGAAAUCGUUGCGUCGUGAUUCUGAAUUCGAAAUUCUUGUCGAUGUUGAAUGUGAUUCGAAACGAAUGGAACAAUUAACAAGGAUGUUGAAUCGAGAAGUAGCCGCAAUUAAUUUGGCACAAUACGAACAAAUGGGAAGUAUUCCUCAUGCUCCAUUACUGUCAGCAGCUCCAAGUUUUGAUUUCAGCGAAGUAGACAUGCCUUGGUUUCCACGAAAAAUAUCAGACUUAGAUCAAACGCAGAAAGUACUAAUGUACGGAUCCGAAUUAGACGCAGAUCAUCCUGGCUUCAAAGAUCCGGUAUAUCGCAAACGUCGUGUACAAUUCGCCGAUAUCGCGAACAAUUACAGAUACGGCCAACCGAUUCCUCGUGUUCAAUACACGUUAGAAGAGAUCAGAACAUGGGGAACUGUUUUCCGUGAAUUGCAUCAGCUUUAUCAGAAACAUGCUUGCAACGAGUAUUUAGAAAAUUGGCCAAAACUGGUGAAAUACUGUGGCUAUAGAGAGAAUAACAUACCACAGUUGCAAGACGUAAAUGUUUUCUUGAAACGGACAACUGGAUUUCAACUUCGUCCGGUAGCAGGCUAUCUUUCACCGAGAGAUUUUUUAGCCGGCCUUGCUUUUCGAGUCUUUCAUUGUACGCAAUAUAUUCGACAUUCAUCCGACCCUUUUUACACACCUGAACCGGACUGUUGUCAUGAAUUACUAGGACAUAUGCCGCUUCUAGCGAAUCCAAGCUUCGCUCAAUUCUCUCAGGAACUUGGACUCGCCUCUCUUGGAGCUUCAGACGAGGACAUCAAUAAAUUGGCAACUCUGUAUUUCUUUACGGUGGAAUUUGGAUUAUGUAAGCAAGAUGGUAUACUUCGCGUUUACGGGGCUGGUUUAUUGUCUUCUGUCGCAGAGCUAAAACACGCAGUUUCCGUUCCUGAGAAAACAUUUCGAUUUGACCCGGAAGUAACUUGCAAGCAAGAAUGCAUCAUUACUGCGUUUCAAAAUGCAUACUACUAUACAGACAGCUUUGAAGAAGCAAAAGAAAAAAUGCGGGCAUUUGCAAACCAAAUACAACGUCCAUUCGGAUUACGCUAUAAUCCGUAUACACAAUCGGUGGAAGUACUAACGGACGCUCAAAAAAUUACGGCGGUGAUUAGUGAACUAAGAGGUGACCUCUGUAUUGUUUCAAAUGCCCUCAAGAAAAUACACGAGCAAGAUGAUACAGUCGACGUUGAGAGGAUAACCAGCCUUUUAACUCAAGGUAUCGAAUUACCUCAGGAUACCUCAUCUUCCGAUAGUGAUAUCGAUAAAAGUCCUAAUGUUGAGGCACCUCAAAAAUCAAUGCAAAAUUAGAAUAAAAACAUGCUUCCUAUGAUAACAUGA